AGUAAAACUCAGCAGCUGGAUUUUGUGUCGAGGUGAAAAUGAACUCUUUUAGGACGAAAACAAGGAUCUGCUCCAGCCUACACCGAUUCAAGAAGGGGAAAAUGUGGAUUGAUCACUGACAAGGCUGCUGCUGCUGCCAUUUCAACUUUGUGCUGCAGUAAGGAUGGAGGGAAAGAGAUCAGACUCACCAGAACCCAGCUGUGUGUCCAUGAAGAGUGAGAUGUCAGUGGGACGUCUAGCUGCCUUCAGAGACCGAGACGGUUCUGCUGAUGUGAGACCACAAAAGAAGAAAUCAAACAUCAACAGAAGUCAACUGGAGUCCAUAUUCAAGGAGCUGGAACACAAAGUCAUCGCUGUGAUACAGAAGGAGCUGAAAAGGUUUAAGAAGCUCCUGAGUCCAGAUUCCCCAGCAUGCUCUGAGAGGGAGGUGGAGGAUGAGGAGGAUCAGAGCAGCAUCAGAGAGGGAGUACUGAAGAUCACACUGCACUUCCUGAAGAACAUGAACCACACAGAUCUCGCUCACACACUGCAGAACAAGUCUGCGAUCUAUGUGUAUCAGCAAAAGCUGAAAUCCCGCCUGAAAGAGAAGUUCAAAAGAAUUAAUGAAGGAAUCUCACAGCAUGGAAGCCCAGCUCUUCUGAAUGAGAUCUACACAGAGCUCUACAUCACAGAGGGUUGGAGUGGAGACGUCAAUAAAGAACAUGAAGUGAGACAGAUUGAGACAGCGUCCAGGAGACCAGCAACACAGGAGACACCCAUCAAGUGUAAUGAUCUCUUUAAAGACACGUCCAUCAGAAGGGUGCUGACUAAAGGAGUUGCUGGAAUUGGAAAAACAGUCUCUGUGCAGAAGUUCAUUCUGGACUGGACUGAAGGAAAAGCGAAUCAGGACGUCACCUUCAUGUUCCCACUUCCCUUUCGAGAGCUGAAUCUGAUGAAGGAGAGAAAUCUCAGUCUGAUGAAUCUCCUUCAUCACUUUUUCCCAGACAUGAGAGAACUAGGAUUAAUAGACUGUAACAUCUCCAAAGUCCUGUUGAUCUUUGAUGAUCUGGAUGAGUGUCGAUUUCCUCUAAAUUCCCAGAACAGUGAGAGAUUGUGUGAUGUGACAGAGUCGGCCUCAGUGGAUGUGCUGCUGACAAACCUCAUCAAGGGGAAUCUGCUUCCCUCUGCUCUCCUCUGGAUAACCUCUCGACCAGCAGCAGCAAAUCAGAUCCCUCCUGAGUGUGUAGACCAGGUAACAGAGGUACGAGGGUUCAGUGAUCCUCAGAAAGAGGAGUACUUCAGGAAGAGGAUCAGUGAUCAGAGCCUGGCCAAUAAAAUCAUCACACACAUGAAGUCCUCAAGAAGCCUCUACAUCAUGUGCUACAUCCCAGUCUUCUGCUGGAUCUCAGCCACUGUUCUCAAGAGAAUGUUGGGUGAAGCAGAGAGUGGAGAGAUCCCCAAGACUCUGACUCAAAUGUUCACACACUUCCUGAUCUUUCAGAUCAAACGCAAGGAGCAAAAGUACCAUCAGAAAUGUGAGCCUGAUCCUCAGCAGACCAGAGAGAGUAUCCUGGCACUGGGAAAACUGGCUUUCCAACAGCUGGAGAAAGGAAACCUGAUCUUCUAUGAGGAAGACCUGAGAGAGUGCGGCAUUGAUGUGAGAGAAGUGUCAGUGUACUCAGGAGUGUGUACCCAAAUCUUCAGAGAGGAGUUUGGGCUUCACCUGGGGAAGGUCUUCAGCUUUGUACAUCUGAGUGUUCAGGAGUUUCUGGCUGCUUUAUACACAUUUCUCUGCUUUAAUUUUACAAAGACAAAUGUGCUCGGGAAUCAACCUCCUGGACAUUUUAAUUUCGUCAGAAAGUCAAACAUGUCUGAUUUCCUCAGGAGUGCAGUGGACAAGGCCUUACGGAGUGAGAAUGGACACCUGGACCUGUUCCUCCGCUUCCUUCUGGGUCUCUCACUGGAAUCCAAUCAGACUCUCUUACGAGGCUUGAUGCCCCAGACAGGAAGUAGCUCUCACAGCAAACAGGAAACAGUCAAAUACAUCAAGAAGAAGAUCAGGGAGAAUCCAUCUCCAGAGAAAUCCACCAAUCUGUUCCACUGUCUGAAUGAACUGAAUGAUCAUUCUCUCGUGCAGGAAGUACAACGCUACCUGAACAGAAGAGAUUCCUGGUGUCUCAGUGGAACCAGACUCUCUCCUGCUCAGUGGUCAGCUCUGGUGUUUGUGUUACUGAACUCAGAACAGGAGCUGGAUGAGUUUAAUUUGAGUAAAUAUGACCCAUCAGAGGAAUGUCUUCUGAAGCUGAUUCCAGUGGUCAAAGCCUCCAGAAGAGCUGAUCUGUGUUGGUGUAAUCUGACAGAGGAAAGCUGUAGAGUUCUGUCCUCAGUUCUCAGCUCAAACUCCUCCAGACUGAGAGAACUGAACCUGAAGGGCAAUAACCUGCAGGAUUCAGGAGUGAAGCUGCUCUCUGCUGGACUGGAGAAUCCACACUGUACACUGGAGAUACUGAGUCUGCGUCGGUGUAAUCUGACAGAGGAAAGCUGUAGAGUUCUGUCCUCAGUUCUCAGCUCAAACUCCUCCAGACUGAGAGAACUGAACCUGAGUGACAAUAACCUGCAGGAUUCAGGAGUGAAGCUGCUCUCUGCUGGACUGGAGAAUCCACACUGUACACUGGAGACACUGAGUCUGCGUCGGUGUAAACUGACAGAGGAAAGCUGUAGAGUUCUGUCCUCAGUUCUCAGCUCAAACUCCUCCAGACUGAGAGAACUGGACCUGAGUAACAAUAACCUGCAGGAUUCAGGAGUGAAGCUGCUCUCUGCUGGACUGGAGAAUCCACACUGUACACUGGAGAUACUGAGUCUGUGUCGGUGUGAUCUGACAGAGGAAAGCUGUAGAGUUCUGUCCUCAGUUCUCAGCUCAAACUCCUCCAGACUGAGAGAACUGAACCUGAGGGACAAUAACCUGCAGGAUUCAGGAGUGAAGCUGCUCUCUGAUCUACUGGAGAAUCCACACUGUACACUGGAGACACUACAUCUGACAGGACUGAAUCUCAGUGGAAAUAAACUGCAGGAUUCAGGAGUGAAGCUGCUCUCUGCUGGUCUGGAGAAUCCACACUGUACACUGGAGAUACUGAGGUGUCCAGAUGAAGAAGAGCUUCAGGAUUCUGAUGAACAACCCAGACACCAGGAAACUGACAAACAGCAUGAACAAAACCAGAAGUUGCAGCAGGAGAACAGAGAGCAGAAGCAUUCAGUCAUCACAGAGGUAUUCAUCCCUGAAUUAGUGAAACACGGUGAUGACGGCGGUGCAUACAGAUUUCGUUGCUCUCGUGCUGGUCAGUUUCAUUGUAAAUUGACCAACCUUGGCUUUGAGAUGAAAGAGAAUGGGGAAGUGCUGUACACAAUCGUGUCCUGGGAUAACGGUCAGUUGCAGGGCCUGGGCCAAUUCCAGCCUGCAGGACCCCUGUACAACAUCAACUGCUCAGAAGGUUCAAUUCUUUAUCUGCACGUCCCACACUGCGAGAUACAAACAGAUCACAAUCAGAUUGAACUGUCUGUGGCACAUUUCAUUGAGGGUAAUGUGGAGAUCAUUCAGCCCCUGGAAAUAACAAACACACACGUGAUCUUGGAAGUCCAAGGUCUCUCCAUGCUUGGCCUGAUUAUAAAAAAGAUCUUUGGGGAAACCCCCAUCAGUGCCCAAAUCCUUCUCUUCUACAAUGAAAAGCCUGGAAUGAAGGAAAGGAGAAGAGAAGUGAACAUUCACUUGUUGCCAGGAAAUGUGCCAGUUGAAGAGGUGCAGAAACGACACAACUACAGCACAUACAUUCCUUUCACCUCCGGAUGUGAACUGACACCUGGUAAAAAAUACAGGCCACUCUGUGAACCUCAUAAAUCCGAGCCAGAGGUUGAGAAAUUUCUCGAUAACAGUGGACCCAACUAUCACAUCACGUUUGCGGUGAUCCUUAAGAUGGAGGAUGAAGUCCUCACAUUAGGUCUUUCAAAUGAAAUUGGUGAGGUGGUUUGGGAGCCUCGUCAGGUCUUUCUUCCAGUGAAUAGUCGAGAAGCAGCUCCAGUUGUAAUGGAUAAAGGUGUUGAAUUUGUAGAUAAAUACAGACACACGCUCAUACAGAGAGUUGCAUCAGUACUGGAAAUAGCAGACGCUCUACUCGCCAAGAAAAUCAUCACCAGUGAAAUGUACAGUGUUAUCAUCGAGGCAACAACACCACAGGAGAAAAUGAGGAAAUUGUACAGGUUUCUCGACUCAGGAGGAAGAGCUGCCAAAGCAGAAUUCUAUAAAGUCCUGAAGGAGAAGGAGCUUCCUGUAGUGAAAGACCUGGAGUCAGGAUUCGAAUAAUCCAACACUGUCACAAUAAAAAUUAGUACUUAAUGUGUCAGGUUUUUAAAACUCAAUAAUAGCCAUUGUAAUGUCACUUUCAUGAAUAAUUUUAUUAUCCAAUGGCAGACGGCAGUAAAACAAACAAAAAAAUUAAAAUGUUCCUGUAGUCAGGAACUUACUGUUCAUGAACCAUGAUGUUUUGAAGGCCGUCCAUAAGCGACGCCUCCUCGUUAUUUGUAAUCUAUAAAUAUUUCCAAUGAAAUGGGAGUGAUAGAAAUAUGUUUGGUGUGCUUAAAACUGGUCCAGGCAGAAUCUCCUGGUUGAUAGAGGUCGACAUUCCUCGAUCAUACUUUGUCAAUUCAACCUCCUUCAGUACAGACAGAUCAAAACCUAUCAGGGUUGUAAAUGUGUAUACAUAAUGUAUUUAAAACCAAAGAUAUAAAAACAAUGCAGCCGGUUUAAAACGUGAUGCAGUUCCUGCAAUAAACUGCAGAUCUCUGCAACUUCAAGAGACCCGAACAUUACAUGGUUUUAUAUUCUCGGUGAGGGCCCAUAUUGUUGUGUGUCAUUCAUGUGCAGAUUCUACAGCAUCCAAGGUGACAAACUUGUGUUUCUGUUUUUCUACUGCAAUCUUAUCACAAAAUCCUUUAUGAAAAUUAGAUACACAAAGGAAAGCUUUAAUGUUUCCGAAUUAAAGCAGUUUCUGAUUGAAUACUCAGUUUUAUUGACAUUCUUUGAUGUUUCCUCCAUGUUUUAUGCUUUUCCCAAUAAAAAUUAUAAUGGUGAAAUGCUU